UCCCGCACGUUACACUCCUACCUCAUAUGGGUACGGAAACUCGGGAUACACAACACAAGAUGGAGGUUAGAGCGUUGAAAAAUAUUCAAGAUUUUCUGAAAAAUGGUAGGGGAAUCGAUGUCAUUCCCGAAAUGAAAAAUAUGUAGCCUAGCAAUAUAAAGUUUAUCCAUAACUUGUUGCCCAGUGCCACGGGGUAUCGAACUCUAUCGAAUCAUCGAGAGAAGGUGAUUGGCACGAGGAUGCCUUGAGGCUAUAUAUGUGUGUAUGCACAAUGCUGUAGCAGUUUACCUUCACUCUUUACUAUCAAGGAUUUCUCGAUGGCCUCAUCCUCGACGUCCACAAAUGGCGCUGCCACCCCCCGACCGAUACAAAGGUCUGCUGACUCGGAGAACGGAGAUUCUACCCAGGCACUUAACUCGUUAAGCAGCACGCUUUCGAAGCUAGAAAUGGAUUUUCUUGCUUUGAAUUCCAGCCAACCUCAUGAGAGAAAUAACUUGCAACAAACAUCGGAGGAAGCACUCAAUGGAAAAACUCGUCAGCUCCAAGCCGAGGUCAUACAAUAUAAGGCAGCACACGAAGGGGAAAUCAACGAAAUCAAAUCGCGCAUUCGAGAAGUGUACCCUAAUGAGGUCGUACAGCAGUUGAGCCCUGGAAUUCGAGACCACAUCAAGGCGGAGGUUCAAGCCCUCACCAAAGAUGAAUUGAAGACUCAGUUUCCCAAACUAAUGCCAGUUUCCUUGAAACAACAGUUGGACGACACCAAUAAACAGUUGCGGAAGACAAAAAAUGCAUAUGAAAAUUCGGAAGCACGUAGCUUCAAUUCCUCGAUUGAUAUUGUAGAUGCUGUCACUCGGAACGAGCAGCUCAAGCUUGUAUUGAGACCAGACGGGGAAAAAAGUAGCUUAUGGCCAGCGGACCUAAAUUCUCUGUUUGCAUAUGACCCUGAGAAUGUCAAGAAAUUACUAAGGGACUAUGAGCUGCCGAUCGACAAGGCACACGAUGCCAAUAUUAACUGCUUCUUGGGCUACAUCGGUGUGAAACAGCAGUUGGUCUGACUCGCCAAGCAUACAUACAACAAAAUCGUACAUUAAAGAUAUUGUUCCGGUUUCGACGAUUGCUACAACACACUCAGUUAUUCACAUGGUGCAAAGUUGGCGCAUGGCACGGCUUCUUGCACCGUG